GCUCGGGGCCGCGGCUCUCGGAGGAGCGAGCACUUCCCCCGGGCCCGACGCACGCAGGCGCCGCGGGAGAGCUCGCCAUGAGGACCCUGUGGCUGGCGCUGUGCGCGUUGGCGCGGUUGGGGCCGGGGACCCUGGCGGGCUGCGCCGAGGCGGGGCGCUGCUGCCCGGGUAGGGACCCCGCCUGCUUUGCCAGCGGCUGGAGACUGGACCGGGUCUACGGGACGUGCUUCUGCGACCAAGCCUGCCUCCUCACCGGGGACUGCUGCUUCGACUACGCCAGGGCGUGCCCAGCUCGCCCGUGCCUCGUGGGGGAGUGGAGCCCCUGGAGCGGCUGCGCGGACCAGUGCAAGCCCACCGCGCGCGUGCGCAGGCGCCUGGUGCGGCAGGAGCCCCUGAACGGCGGCGCCCCCUGCCCGCCGCUGGAGGAGAGAGCCGGCUGCCUGCAGUACUCGACGGCGCAGGGCCAGGACUGCGCGCACGCCUUCGUCCCUGCAUUCAUAACUACCUCUGCAUUCAACAAGGAGAGAACAAGACAAGCCACUUCUCCGCAGUGGUCUACAGACACAGAGGAUCCUGGAUACUGUAUGGAGUUCAAGACAGAGUCAUUGACUCAUCACUGUGCAAUGGAGAACCGGCCUCUGACUCGAUGGAUGCAGUACCUCCGGGAGGGGUACACAGUGUGUGUAGACUGCCAGCCUCCAGCGAUGAACUCUCUAAGUCUUCGCUGUUCUGGAGAUGGCCUGGACUCUAAUGGAAAUCAGACUCUCCACUGGCAAGCUAUUGGCAAUCCUCGAUGUCAAGGAACGUGGAAAAAAGUUCGUCGAGUACAUCAGUGUUCUUGUCCAGCUGUCCACAGUUUUAUUUUUAUAUGA